UUCAGAACCUCAUCUGCAUAAUUAUAGCUACUGCAGUCUGCAUUUGCUCUCUCUACAUAUAUAUGGAGCGAUCUGCUUGCUUGCAGUGUGCCAUUCGAUCGUGUCUCCUCCCCACUCACUCAACGUUUUGCAAACGCGCGCGAGCAGCGCGGAUACCAGAAUGCCAUGUCGUAUGCACCAUGCUCGCUACAUGCUCUGCCCCUUGUUCAGCGUCUGACUUCCCUGCCUUGUUCUUCAGCUGCCUCUGUUGAUGCAGCACAGAGCCCCGAAGAGCGCGGAAUCUCACGCCGACCUCUGAUUGCCUGAAGCAGCGGUCAAGGGGCGUCACAUGGGCGCGUCGGUUACGGGGCGUGGUAUAGCCGCUGGAUGCACCUGGGCAUGACCAAACAACGAGUGCAUCAGCGGGAGGGCGCAUACGCGGCAUGCUCGACGACCCGCUGUCCAGGAGAUAAGGAGAUAGAGCGGCAGACCGCGAUACCAGCCAGCGCAACGAACCGAGUCCAAUAAAUUCCGGGAACCAAUCACCGGCGCCUUUUCACUCAGCCUCUGAAAUAUCAACAGCGUCUUCUCUCCUCCUCCCAUUCUCCAUCGCCCCCUAUGCCCCUCGCAACACCCAUACCCCGCUUACUGGCAUCAAGAGCACUCAUAUCAGCACGCACACCCGCCGCCAGAGCCCUCCUCCGACCCCGCGUGCUCCGGACGUUUGCUUCAGAAGCCGCCUUCGACCCCGACACCGUAGAACGCGCCCAAGAUGAGGUAGACGUCUGCAUCGUCGGCGGAGGACCCGCGGGGUUGUGUGCUGCCAUCCGGCUCAAACAGCUGGAGCAGGAGAGGGGUGGCGACGAGCUGCGUGUAGUCGUUCUGGAAAAGGGUGGUGAAGUCGGCGCACACAUUCUGUCAGGAGCUGUCAUCGAGACCAAGGCUCUUGACGAGCUGAUUCCCGAUUGGAAAGAGCUGGGAGCCCCUCUGAACCAACCCUCCCUCGGCGGCUCUAUGCGUUUCCUCACUUCCAACUCUUCUUUCCCCCUUCCCCAUCCCCCGCAAAUGAGCAACAAGGGCAACUAUAUUGUCUCUCUCUCGAGACUGACAGCUUGGCUUGGCGAGCAGGCCGAGGCCUUGGGUGUAGAGGUAUACGCUGGGUUUGCAGGUGCCAAGGUCCUCUACACGGAGGACGGCAAGGGAGUCAAAGGCGUAGUGACGGGAGACGUCGGGCUGGACAAGGACGGGAACCCCAAGGAGAGCUAUGAGCCCGGUAUGGAGUUUUACUCCAAGGUGACUCUGAUUGCCGAGGGAGCCCACGGGUCAUUAUCGAAGGAGAUCCAGAACAAAUUCAAUCUUCGGGAGGGCAAGGACCCACAAACGUAUGGCCUUGGUAUCAAGGAGGUGUGGAGAGUUCCGGAUGAGGUCUAUCGGCCGGGAGAGGUCGUACAUACUCUUGGAUGGCCUUUGGACUUCAAGACGUAUGGUGGAAGUUGGUUGUACCACAUGGAGGACAAUAUGGUCAGUAUAGGGCUGGUCGUUGGGCUGGAUUACCAAAAUCCUUAUCUCUCUCCUUACAAGGAGUUCCAGCGGAUGAAGCACCACCCGUUCUUCGCCAACGUCCUCAAGGACGGUGAAUGCCUCGCCUAUGGCGCCCGUGUUCUUAACGAGGGCGGUCUCCAGUCUAUACCCAAGCUAAACUUCCCUGGCGGUGCUCUCAUUGGAUGUUCUGCUGGUUUCCUCAACGUUCCCAAGAUCAAGGGCACCCACAAUGCCAUGAAGUCUGGUAUGCUCGCCGCCGAAAGCGCCUUUGCUGCUAUCAAUGCCGCCGCCGAGCAUGCGCCCGAAGCUAUCGAAGAAACGGAAGAAUCAGAAGAUUCAGAAGAGACCGUCAUCUCCCCCCUCCUCGACUCCCACCCUAUUGACAUGUCUGGCUAUGCCACGGCUGUCGAGAACUCUUGGAUCUGGCAGGAGCUGAAGGAGAUCAGGAAUGUCCGCCCCUCUUUCCACAACCCAUUGGGUCUUUGGGGUGGUAUGAUGUGGUCUGGAUUGGACAGUCUCAUAUUGAAGGGGCGAGUGCCAUGGACGUUCCACAACAAGGUGGAGGACUAUGAUGCCACGAAGAAGGCUAGCGAAGUACAGCCUAUUGAAUACCCUACACCAGACGGCAAGCUCUCAUUCGACAUCCUCACCUCCGUUUCUAUGACCGGCACCAACCACGCCGAGAACCAGCCGGUCCACUUGAGGCUUCCAAAGGUGGAUGGCGCAAAGGCCGAGCACACCAAAAUCAACGCUGGACAGUACGCUGGUCUUUUGGGUCGAGUCUGUCCUGCGGCUGUCUAUGAGUAUGCAGACGCCGAAGGGAGCGAGGUGGAUGCGGAUGGCAAGAAGUUUGUGAUCAACUCGCAGAACUGCAUUCAUGUGAGUAGCAAUGUCGUUCUUGGUCGCAUCGAGCGCUGGCUAAUGAUCUUCCAGUGCAAGACCUGUUCCAUCAAGACGCCUACUCAGGACAUCACUUGGACUGUACCGGAAGGCGGCGGAGGUCCCAAGUACAAUCUCACAUGAUCGCUUUCGGAUGGGUUCUUCAGACUUCAACGCAUUUUGUAUCAAGUAUUGGCAUUACAAUAACGGGGCAAUGGCGCCAGGGGGAGCAUGCAGACAUAUAUCAUCAUGGUGUGGGUUUAGACAAGAAGGACUGCGCUCAAGGCAUCUCAUAUCAUCGAAUUAUCCCGCGCAAUAUCUCGUUCUGGACCCGCCAACACCUCAAAGCACCCAGGCCCAGAGCCUCGAC